AUGGCUUCCCCUCGGAAACGUCAGUACUUGACUCCUAAGAGCCGUUUGACUGCUUCAUACAGUGCACGAGCGUUCAAACGUACCCCCCCGUCAACUCCUGAUGGAGUACUUCACAAGGGGUACGAUACUUCCUGCCCUACAACUCCCGGUUUGACCUGGGACGAAUCCCCGCCAGCUACAGAGGACCCCCCUACUCCAAACUACCAUUCUGAUACGGAUGAUGGUGGUGUCUUCCUCCCCGGUUCGCCGCUCGCCACUCGUACAAAGGGUACAACCGUCCCACAGGGCCCCAUUCGGGCCAUACCUGAUACAUCUCUGCAUGAAUUGGGCGAUAAUGAUCAUGACGAUGACGAGAAAAAGCCACACCCAGGUCUCAAGCGUGGUCAGUUAUAUCCGCCAGAGCGCAAGGGAUAUGGUCCAAGAGAUGCCAGCGAUGGAACAGCUCAAGGCGGACACUCGCCCAAUGCGGCUUCUACCUUAGGCUCCAGCGUUGACUCGAAAGAACCACGUUCCUGGUGUGAUAACCCUUCAAAGCUAUCCAUGCUCACGACCAGACUCCAGACCGAGGAGUUUUUCACGACAACCGUAAACGGGAGGCAAUCCAACCCGGCACUACGAUCGACUGGCCAGUACUAUGCUGCUUCUAGCACGUAUACGGCAACUGCCACUACCUCGUCCGAUGCAAAUACCGUCAAGGCCGAAGACCUUACAUUCUGGUCUAGCCUGGAACCCGUAGCUGGGCCGACAAGGGAGGCCAAUACACCUAUAUCAGCUCUGAACCCUGUCAAGCAGGCAAUAUCACUGACGACAGUAUGGGGAUUGCCCACGAUGCUUUCGAAGAUUCUGCCCAUCGAUACAGUUGACAGGCUGCGAGCUGAUCCAUCCAAAUGUGUGGCUACCAACAAGACCAACGGCGAGAGGUGCAAGAACAAGAAUGCUGGAGGGCUGACCGGAAUCCAGGCCAGCAAUCUGUUGGGAGGUAUUUCGUCACCCAAGCGUCCAUUCGACCAUUCUGCUGUUGCACAGCGCAUCUCAACACUUGUGGGCCAGGUUACGUGCCGACACACGCAUCAGAAGAGUGCCCAGACUCUCUUGAAAGAAUUGUCCGCCUCUUGGUGGGAGAUUGAUGAGGUGAAAGCCAUCGAUGCACACGAAGCCAGAGGCGCUGCCAGCAUGGCCACCAGCAUGAUUCAAUUUUGGGUUGAGGCGCUAAUGAGCCCUCUGAGCAAGGAGAUGAAAGAGAUGAGCCAGGAGGAUCGUGACUCCGUGCACCAAAUCCUUGCAUCCUCGGUUAAUGUUUUCGAUGCCGUUCACAGUCAAAGAUUCUCCCUUCCUGGACAGACCACUCGAGCCGCCACAACAAUCUCAGUUUCGAGCAACGCUGACCACAGCACUCCUGGCGGUCAUGCCACCGUGUCCGUAGUCGAGCAUCACGCCAAGGUUCACGCAACAUCCAAACUCUCGGAUCACCUCAACCAUAGCUUCAUCAAGUAUGAGGGGUCUAUGAAGACCAGGAAUAUGUCUGCCGCGGAACUGAUUCGCCAGACACUUGUCAAACCAUUGACUCCGACUGACAUGGACCGCAGCGGGUAUAUCUACAUGUUCUGGCAUCCAGGAAACUUUGGAUACGUGAAAAUCGGCCGUGCCAAAGACGUCGCAAGUCGACUCCGGGAGUGGAGAAGCCAGUGCAAAUACAACCUUGAACGACAUCUCCCGCAGGAACAAGGACUAGAAUUGCGAGUCCGACACCUGCAUCGAAUUGAGUCCCUCAUCCAUGCCGAACUGAAAGAUUAUAGGGUGUAUGAACCCUAUUGCAACGCUUGCAAAAAGCAGCAUGUCGAGUGGUUCAAGGUGGCUGAGAGAUAUGCUAUAAAGGUAAUACUCAAGUGGCUUUCAAGUGCUGACUCCUUGUACUCGGGAAGACGUUUCGCCAUAUCACAGGCCCAGCUCGAGCAGCUGUGCAAGGUGACUGAAGAAGAUGAUCUCAAACCGACCCUGCCGCAGCGGAAAGUGAAGGAUCCAAAGGCCGGCUCCAAACCAGGUCAGCAGAGACGUAGUCCCCGCAGAAGCAGUCCUUCAUAA